CAUUCUGUAGAGGUAUUAAACACUCUCCAGGGAGGUGGGGAGGAGACACUGACAGCAGGUCAGAGCUCACAUCAGCAGCAGCCACAGCAUUCACUCACCCAACAUCAGUGAUGGAGAAAUCUGUGUUACUCAUGUUGCUUUCCUUAUCAGGGCUCAGCAUCCUCCCCUCAUGUCUCUCUUUCCAUUAUGAGUAUGUGAAGGAGAGUAAGAACUGGACUGAAGCACAGAGGAUCUGCAGAGAGAAAUACACUGACCUGGCCACCUUCUAUGAUGAUGCAUCCAUACGUGAUAAAACUGACAGAGCAUGGAUUGGGUUGCAUAGUGGCCUUUGGACAUGGUCUCUCAAUGGUGAAGUACUUCCUUGUCAGGAAACGUCAUGCGAUUCUAACUACCCACCCUGGUCUGCUGGAAAACCUGACAGAUAUUCUCACGAAAAUAAGACAUGUGUGAGAUUGAAUACUAAGAAUGGAACCUGGACAAAUGCUUCAUGUUCAGAAAAGAAAUCUUUUGUCUGCUAUGAUGGCAGAAAAGAUACCAAUCAGUACAUCUGCAUCUGUGACAAAAAGACAUGGAAUGAAUCUCAGAGCUACUGUCGGGCGAAUCACACAGACCUGGCCAGUGUGAGAAAUGCUAUAGAGUACAAUGAGAUAAGGAACCUGUCCUCAAAUUGUGAUGAAGUGUGGAUUGGUCUGAGUACAUCUAAUAACUGGCAGUGGUCUGACCAGAGUGUGUCUUCCUUCGAAAAAUGGGGUGACGGUGAGCCUAAUGGAAUGGGUGUCCCCAAUAAAGGUGAAAUAUUCCCAAUGGGUGUGGUUAGGAAUUCAAGAGGACUCUGGAAUGAUGAAGCAUGCAUAAACAACCAUCAAUUUAUCUGCUAUGAUGACGACCUGGUCCUGGUUCAUGAGAACAAGACCUGGGUGGAAGCCCUGAACCACUGCAGACAGCAGAGAUGGGAUCUGGUGUCCAUCCACUCUGAGAGGAUCCAGCACUGGGUGCAACGUCGGGCCAGAAACGCCUCCACCCCCUAUGUCUGGCUGGGCCUGAGGUACACCUGUGCACUGAAGGUCUGGUUCUGGGUGAGUGAACAUGCCUUGUGCCACCAGAACUGGGCCCCGGGCCACGGGGGCAGCUGGGAGGAGUGUAAGAAGGCAGGUGCCAUGCCGAGGGAGGGGCCACAGCAGUGGGAGGGCAAGAACCAGGCAGAGAAGCUCAACUUCAUCUGCACCAGGAAACCUGAUGAGUACUAGGAUCCAGACUGUGUUCAGAGGUUCAACAUCUUGUCGUCAGGAUUGAAGGAAUUCACUUUUUUCACCUUUUUUAAUCUUUUGCUAUGUCCUAUUUGACUUCUUAAUACUUUAAUCUUUUUUUAAUGCAUGUAAAUGUAACAUGUUAAUGUUUUAGGGUUUUUGAUUGUAGGUUUUGUGUUAGUGAUUGAAAUGUUUUCUUCAAGCAAUAUGUUGAUUCUUUGUAAUGAACUUAAUACUGAAAUAAGUCAAAUCUAAAGUCGAAUCUUUUCUACACAUCUCCCAA